CCAGAUGACAUCAGAAUCAACCAAUCAAAAACCAGGUCAAGGGUCAAAGUUAAAAAUUGUGUAUAUAAGGCGAGAAACCCGCUAUCGCGCCAUUCAAAUUUCUCACCAGCGGAUCAUCGAACUCCCCGUGAGGAUUUACAGACUGUUUUCUUUCUCCUUUUCAACUCAUUUGAACUCAACUCUUCAUCAUGAGGGAAUGUAUCAGUGUCCACGUCGGCCAGGCCGGAGUCCAGAUGGGCAAUGCCUGCUGGGAAUUGUACUGUCUGGAACACGGUAUCCAGCCUGAUGGCCAGAUGCCCUCAGACAAGACCAUCGGAGGUGGAGACGACUCCUUCAACACCUUCUUCAGUGAGACUGGAGCCGGCAAACACGUGCCCAGGGCUGUGUUUGUAGAUCUGGAACCUACUGUUGUUGAUGAGGUUCGUACUGGUACAUACAGACAGCUUUUCCACCCCGAGCAGCUUAUCACCGGCAAAGAGGAUGCUGCCAACAACUACGCAAGAGGCCAUUACACCAUCGGAAAGGAAAUCGUCGACUUGGUACUUGACCGCAUCAGGAAGCUCGCUGACCAGUGUACUGGACUCCAGGGAUUCCUCAUCUUCCACAGUUUCGGCGGUGGUACCGGAUCCGGAUUCACCUCCCUCCUCAUGGAACGUCUCAGUGUUGAUUACGGAAAGAAAUCCAAGCUGGAAUUUGCCAUCUACCCAGCUCCCCAGGUCUCCACUGCCGUCGUUGAGCCCUACAACUCCAUUCUGACCACCCACACCACCCUGGAACACUCCGACUGCGCUUUCAUGGUUGACAACGAGGCUAUCUACGAUAUCUGCCGUCGUAACUUGGACAUCGAGAGACCAACAUACACCAACUUGAACCGUCUGAUUGGCCAGAUUGUCAGCUCCAUUACUGCAUCCCUCCGAUUUGAUGGUGCCCUGAACGUCGACUUGACGGAGUUCCAGACCAACUUGGUGCCCUACCCACGUAUCCACUUCCCUCUGGCCACAUACGCCCCAGUCAUCUCCGCCGAGAAGGCCUACCAUGAGCAGCUCUCUGUUGCCGAGAUCACCAACGCCUGUUUCGAGCCCGCCAACCAGAUGGUGAAAUGUGACCCCCGUCACGGUAAAUACAUGGCCUGCUGUAUGUUGUACAGAGGUGAUGUUGUGCCCAAGGAUGUCAACGCUGCCAUCGCCACCAUCAAGACCAAGAGGACCAUCCAGUUCGUUGACUGGUGUCCAACUGGUUUCAAGGUCGGAAUCAACUACCAGCCCCCCACCGUUGUGCCAGGAGGUGAUCUGGCUAAGGUCCAGCGUGCCGUGUGCAUGUUGAGCAACACCACUGCCAUCGCCGAGGCCUGGGCUCGUCUUGACCACAAGUUCGAUCUUAUGUACGCCAAGCGUGCUUUCGUCCACUGGUACGUCGGAGAGGGUAUGGAAGAGGGAGAGUUCUCUGAGGCUCGUGAGGAUUUGGCCGCUUUGGAGAAGGAUUACGAAGAGGUUGGAGUCGACUCCGUUGAGGGUGAGGGAGAAGAGGAGGGCGAGGAAUAUUAAACUUCCUGCCAAUAAAAGACUGUAACUUCCCUUUUGAACAUUGUCUUUUAAAUUACACCUUGUGUUUACAAUGUUGUUUGUUUACAAGAUAUAUUUCAUGUUGGGAUGGUUAUUAAACCAGAUCUGAAACAAUA